AUGAAAUCCAAUAUGAGCUUGAAAUAUCAUAAAGACGUUUCUUUCAGUGUAGCAGUUUUCUAUCUAAAGAUCGUCGGUUUGUGGUUAAGCACUAGCCUCGCUGAGAAAUGGUUCAGAAAUGCCUUAGUGACGUAUACUGUUCUCGCAAUUAUCUUUAAUAUGUGGAUGCAAUUGAGGGGUCUUUAUUUCUCUUGGGGAGAUUUUAGCGUCAGCACUUAUAUCGCGUGCAAUAGUUUGGGACUAUUCAUGGAUCUAUUUAAAUUGUUAAUUAUAUUUAUACAUAAGAAAAAGUUUCUUUAUUUAGUCGUGUAUAUGCAGAAGAAUUUCUGGCAUUUCAACUACAAUCAGUAUGAAAAAUCGGUCCUAGCAAAUGCGAAACGAAUGUGCAUCUACUUCGUCUGCGUCUUCUCAUUUCUCUCUCAAUCUACUAUCUUUAGUUACAUCUUCAUGCCACUAAUAUCAAAUAUCGGGAAGAACAAGUCAGAUAGGGUACCUAUAUUCCAUAUGCACUUGGACCUACCAUUGAAUGUCUCACCAUAUUAUGAAAUGACGUACUUGAUACAGGCUUUGACUUUGUAUCAGGUUGGCGUAUGUUAUCUUUGCGUCGACAAUAUAUUUUGCAUUAUGUGCUUACAUGUAGCUAGUCAGUUUCGCAUAUUACAAUACAGAAUAGCCAAUGUGCUAAGCCUGAGAGACAAAGUUAAAUUUGAUCAAGAUACAAACCUGGAUUCUUCGGAUGAAUUUUACGCCAUAUUUAGAAAAUGCAUUCAACAGCAUCAAGCUCUCAUUAGAUUCUGUACCACGCUCGAAGAGAUAUUUACAGUAAUUAUACUCGGACAAGUGUUAACGUUUAGCAUAUUGAUUUGUUUCGUCGGAUAUCAAGCGCUUCUGGUUAGUAUAUUACAAAUUCAACGUUACUGGUUUUAUGCUUCUCGUUUAAAACGAGAUAUUCGAUUUGAACAAAUUAAAUAUCUCGUCGUCGUUGCUGUAAAAUUUACGCCCGUAAUGCAUCACGAUGCACAGGUGAAGCUGUCACUUUCAUGGCGCAUUUCUCUCGUAUCUUUCUUAACGACUAACAUAUGUCAGCUAUGGAUCUUCACGUACAGUUGUAAUGCCCUGGUAGAAGAAAGCAUGAACACUGCUAAUGCUGCGUACGCUGCACCAUGGAUAUAUUUACCAAUGGACAAGUUUGGAGAAAUGACACGAAAGGAUUUGCAACUCGUACUCAUGAGGUCGAGACGAGCCUGUUAUCUCACCGCCUGUGGCUUCUUUCCUAUAUCCCUGGAAACUUUCACCAAGAUUAUGAGCUCCGCAAUGUCAUAUUUCACUAUACUAAAACAGCGAACCGUGGAUACAAUAGAAUAAUUCCUCCAGUUUUCAUUUUAUAGGCGUACACGUUUAAGUAAUGUUGAAAGCGAAAAAUUUAUUCUUUUUGACUUAAAAAUGUUAUUAUCACAAAUCUAUGAGAUCUAUAAAAUAUUAAAAUAAAUGGUUAGAAGAAAUUUGAUUAUAUAUUUCGGAGAUGAAAGAACAUCGGGAUUUCCCGUCCGGAAUGUUGGGAAAAAGCCCAGACUUUUACUAUAGCUACACUUAAGUAAUAAAAAUAAGAAAUAGUUUUAAUGUUCCAAUCUGACUUUAUGACAAUAGGUUCGGGCUCGAAGUGACAUAGCGGGUCACUGGACGUAGCCACGGUCACGGGAAGGAGGUGUACCUGACAGAAGUAUGAAAUGAUUAUAUGGCUCUCCUUAAAAACAAAGAUUGACCCGAAAAGUGGGGACAGGAGUAUAUAAGGGCAGUUUCUUUUGGAUCACGGGAGAGUCAGUUAGUUUGUUAGUUAGUCGUUGGACGAAUUGCUGAUUGAGUUAUCGAUAAGUUACCUGAAUCGAGUAUUACGUUGAUACUUGGCCUCCCGUGGACCGUGGAUUCGUUAUCGAACCUGAAUUCGUUGUCACCUUCAUCCUAUCGCCAUUACUCAUAGCCUCUUGUAGUGCCCACAUUUGUACCGAUAAAUAUUAGCUACAUCCGCGACGGUAAAGUAAGUAAAGAUUCAUCGAACGCCCCAAAAUGGCAACCUGACUCCAACAUAUAAAAUACGUAAAUUAUAAUGCGUUCACAGGAUUUGUAACAAGAUAGUAAUAAAGUUGAAUAGAAAGAACAACAAGAACAGAGUAAUUUUAAUAAACCGCGGAAAUUUUUGAAUCGCCGAAAUUCUCUGUAAUCUUCGAAUUUCAAAUUGAACAAUAAUACUACAAUGGAUUAUUCAUUGCGAAUUAUACAACGAUAGAUUCCAUUCCUUGUAUUCGAUAUAAUUGUGAACGUGUUUAUAAGUUAAAUUUAGUUCGCUAUAUUGUCAUCGGCACGUAUGUAAUUUGAUACAAUGCCAAACUUAAAGCAGAAAAACAUCGUACGAACAAAACCAUUAUCUUCUUUGAAAUAAAAAUAUUAAUUUUAGACCAAAUCACGACGUUGCGCAACUCACAAAUUUAUCUGGCGGAAUUACAAUAUUUAGGCAAUAUUAAACAUAAUUUACAAUUUAAUAUGACAUAUUUUUAUGUGCAGAGUUAUGAAUAAUUACAUCUUAUUCAAUAUAUAUUACUAAUAAACAUCAUUUUAUUCUUUUUACAAGUAUACAAAAUGCAAAGAACGCAAUAAUACUUGAUAUAUAGAUCUUAGAAUUAUUCUCUAAUUCGAUGAGUUAUAUAAAAUCGCUUUUCGUUUAAAAUUGUUUAAAAUCUUUGAAAAAUUUUGGAAGAAGAAAAUUUAUAAUGUUUAACAAACAAAUGAUAUUGCAAAUUUCUAUUAUUUUUACCUGUUCCUACUGUUGAUAUUUGUGACGGAUCAAAAUUAGGAAGAUCAUUGUAAAGUUUUAAAGUAAUUUUAUUAUAUGAACAAUAAUAUGGAGAGUCAAAGCCUCGUUUUUCGGCAGAAGGGCUGUUUCCACUUCCAAGAACCUAAUCUGCUAUUUCUCACGAUCUUUGAAACUUGCAUCUUUAAAAGGAUUUCCUUUGAAAGGCUAUAUCGUCAAGAAACAA